UGCUUCGCAUGGAAGACGCAGUGUGCGUAAGUUGUAGUAGUCUGCUACAGAAGGAUGAUACACCCAUACAAGCGUUAUGCAGCAACUGGCACCGCAAUUGCUUCAAGUAAGUUUUCUUUCGUCGGAAAACUGAAUUCCUUUAUUUCCGGAUGCCUUUUCCCUAACACAAUCUUUCUUUAGGUGUUCAGAGUGUAAACGGCAACUUUCGUCGACGUACUAUGCCCGUGGAAAGACGCUUUACUGCAAAAAGGACUACACGGAAAAAUUCCGAUCUAAGUGUCACGUCUGCGAGCAAAAAAUUAGUGGACUUGUAGUGGUGUGUGCCAUAAUCUAUCGUGUUACAUUUAAUUCGUGUUGUUACUUAAGUCUGCUCAAUUAAGUGUAAAUCUGAUACUGCUUUUGUGGUUUUAAUUAUUUUGUAAACCAUUCAUCGGCAAUAGUUUUCUUCGUUGUAGAGGGGCGAAUAUUUCAUUUGAGCUUCAUUCACUGAUCCAACUCUUUCCAUCGCAAUUUAUCGCUAAUGUUUGGUAUAUUUCUUAAUUUACCGAUUUAACUCUUCUUAAUCUUUAUAAUUUUCCGCAUCAUAGAGUGAAUGUACAUCAAAUUUUCAUUUUGUCCAGGAAUGCUACAGAUUGUGGCAUUUCAGUUUUCAGGAACUUUCCCUAAUUUCAAUUAAUAUACAUUUUUUAUAACAACAACAGGAAGUUAUAACUUCUUCACCUGCUGAGUUAUAAAAAAGAUUUUGGUGUAGAACAGGAUUUCUGUAACUAGCCAGUAGAAUUUAAUGUGUACAAAAUUAUGUAAUUUGCAUCUUUUUGUUAAUAUCAGUAUUGGUUAGUGAACAGAAAUCAGUCAUUUAAUUACUGAUAACUGAAAGGGCAGCACUAAAGAUUGAAAACUUGGUAUAUUAAACCAAAAUCUUUCAAGUUGGUGAUUUGCAAUCUCCAUCAAGGUGUACUAUUACCUCUUACAGCAAGUGCCACCAAGUCUAUGGUACUCAGAAGUUGAAUACAUGAACAUGUAGUUACACAUAUGGAAAGAUAGAACAAAUCUCUUGUAUUGAAUAUGUUUCUUCUAAAUUUUCUCAAUCAGGUUGUAGCUGAUCAUAAAUUCCACACUGAAUGUUUCUCAUGUGGAAACUGUCAACAAUUUUUGGGAGAAGAAGAUGAUUACGUCCUUCUUGAACAACAUAGAUUGACAUGGUAUUAUGUUUCAUGCGAUUUAGUCUGUGUAGUUGUAAAGUAAAAUUGCAAAUAUUGGAGUACAUGAAAAGUGACUCAAAGAUCAUUCUCUAUACAAGUAUCUACCCAUAACUAAUGCUCUAUUUAGCUCUCCUCUUCUCUCCUUCCUCUAAUAAACAAAAAGUUUACUAAAAAACACAGGUAUGGGGUAUUAUUUGGAAGCCUCCCUUAGUUUCACCCUGAGAGACAAAAAACAAUUUCAUGUACCUUUUGAUAAUUGUAUUACAGUGCAACAAUAAUCCAAACAUUUUUUCUUACCAUAUUUGAAAUACUUUUAACCCUAGCUGUACAUGUUUCACGAAAGGAAAAGAAGAGUCUUGGUGGAAUCCUUCUUUAAAUGCUGUUUAUCACUUAAAUCUGACUCCUGGAGCUUUGAGCAAGUAUAAAAUUGAAGUAGAAAUUGUGAAGAGGGAAAGAAAGAGGUCUAUAAAAUCUAGAAGUUUGGAGAAAGAACCUGAGAUGUCUCUCGUUAUCAAAGGGUAUUCUUAUUUUGUCACACAACUUUUCUGCUUCAAUAUAGCUUGUUGAUUUAUACAAAUAAAUUAUCUACCUGUGUGUAAUCUCAAAUAUCUUUUUUGGGUGCAAAGUAUAAAACUUUUUAUGGUAUUUAACUUGUCUACUAUUUUAAUACCCAUGUGGCAUUUACAAAUUUUGAAACAGAUUAUGGAGGUUUAAAAUAUUUGGUACGUUUUGUUUAUUAAUUUCUCUCUGAAAUUUACUUUAAAUUUGGUAUGCACAAUGGUACAAAAUUGAAAAUUAUGUUGAAAGUGAACUUUUUGAGAGGCUUAAACCUGUAUUGAAGAAAAUGUAAACAACUGGAUGAAUGUCAAAUAUAUUUUUUAAGUCUAUUUAUAUUUUGAACAGGUAAACAGAGAGAACAUAAUAAUCCUAUGAUUGUCCUGAAAUACUUGUACUUGGUAGUCUUACCUGUACUUUAAUAUAUGAAAUUAGAAAUGUUUUAUCACCACAAGGUUUAAAACAACCAAAAAGUCACUGAGCUGUGAUACAUUAAAUGUCAUGGUUGGAGAUGUGGUACUGGAGGUCAACAAAGUUUUUGUGUCUCCUUCUACUUUUGAUAAGGUAAACAAAGAACUGGUAAUUGAUCUAGUGAGCAGUGAGUGAGGUCAAUUGGGAAAUGUUUAGAUAACCAGGCAAAAUCUGAGGUGGUUUAGAAUUAGCUAUUUGCUUUUAAGAUAUUGUGAAACCUGUUGUAGAGAAACUUUGCACUAAGGAUAUGUGUUACACUGGAUAUACAACAAGAGAAUUCCUUAUAUUUGCAAAGAAGAAGGGGGCUGAGAAUGACUUAUUAAAGAAGUAGCCUGAAUGAAGUGUAUGGUUGUAACAGACUUAGAAAAAUUAAGCUUCUUAUGGUUUUUCAGUUGGAUAUCCUGUGUCAUUUAAUGCUGGCAAGAGUUGUUUGGGUUUUGGCUGAACACAAGUUCAACUCUAGGCUGUAAACAGGAAACAAAUGUCAAUCAUAUUUGAAAAACUUAAGAUGCAAUUUCUUUUUUAACCCCUGUAGGUUGCUUCUCUCCUGACGUCCCAGUCAAAUGAGAUCACUGAAAUUACCCUUGAACGAAAUGCAAGUGGACUUGACCUGAAACCCAAACAGUGCAGACUACUCAGUGUUGAUUCUGAUGGUGAAUCUGGGGCAACUGCAGAAGAUAAAAGCUUUCGUAACAGGUCAAUAUCUCUAUUCUCCAGAAGGGAACUACGACGUUGUCAAACAUCAGCAUCCUCAGAAAACCCCCCACUCAUCAAUGGGGAGGGAGAUUCUUUGAAAGAUGCUAGUGGAAAGAAGAUAACAAAGCCUGCUAUGCGAUCAAAUUCACUUCCAAGAAGGUAAUUCUUUGGUCUGGUUUUCCCUGAGAGCUAGUCACAAAAAUUUAAUGAUGACAAGAUAACUUCUUUAAGCUUUAAAAUGAACUUUUAUAUUUUAACCACAUCUUUUUCAGCUGAAUAAGCCUCUUUUAAAUCUCUUGCAAGUUCAAGGGUGGAUGCUCAGCUUGGUUGUGCAUUUUUGUACCUCUGAGCAAAUUUUGGUGGUUUAUUUUUCUCUUGAUCUGGACAAGCCCUUGAUAAUUUUUUGGUGUCUAAUUUCUUUCCUUGGUUUUUUUUUUUUCAAUAGUAAUUCAUUGUCUGACAAUUUCAAGUUACGAUCGGCAAUUCACAGAGCUCAGUCAUUCAAGUCAGAGACUGCUGCCAACAGGUAAUACUCAGCAAUGUUGUGUUCAUUUAUCUCUUUAUUUAUUUGCCAAAAUUUCCUCAAAAAAACUUUCAGCCCAAUUCAGGUUUUGCUGGUUACAUUAGGUACAUUUGACUUCAAUUUGUGGUUUAGUCAAAAUGCUUUGUAGCUUAACUCCUUGAAAAUUUUCAAUUUUCAACUGUAGUCCAAAGCACUUCCCUUUUUUAUGUCUUGCGGGCUUAACUCUAUUGCAUGACUUGCUUAUUUAAAUGUUUUUUUUUUCCAGAAAUUGUUCUUAAGUUUCAUGAGCAAGUGAAAGGAUUAAUUGUCUUGUUUUCCUACGACUGACUGCUUUUGACUCAUCAGUCAUAUUGAGAAAAUCAAAAUUAUUAAAAAUCAUUUCUCAAACCCAUCAAAUACAUAGUCAGGGGGUAGUGUAAGUUACAGAACUCAGUGUGUAACUUUCAGUAUGACAGACGUGUUACAUAGAGAUCUAAAGGAAAUUAAUGCUAUAUAACUGACUUCUUAUAAAGGGUCUUCAGGCCCUGUGAUCUGGUCCUUGGAGAUGUGAUUGGAAAAGGCUUUUUUGGACAAGUGAGGAAGGUAUGCAGCAAGUGACUUUAUCUCAGGAGUAAUAAUUGAUCUGAACAGUUGUGUGAUUGUCUGAAGAAAGGCAGUUCCAAAAGGGAUCAGUGUCUAUUACAGUGACUGACAUUGCAACAACCAGAAGGAUCUCAAUGAUGACCUUGAUGAGUCAUUGAGUCAACUCUUCAUUCAGUUAACCUGACUCAGAUAAUGGCUUCUGCUUGGCUGGUCGAAAUGUCAGUUGCUAUUUCCAAAACAGUCUUUUUCAGGAUUACUCUCUCACAAUCAAACGUAAAGUUCAGUCAGGAUGUCAUACAUAUUUUUCUUAAAUUAAGACCUUAUCUAGUACAUUCUUUCAUGGAUGCAUAGUAAUUGUGCCUUUGUUUUUUUUUCCAAGGUGACACAGAGACAGAGUGGAGAGGUAAUGGUGAUGAAGGAGCUUCUAAAUUAUGAUGAAACAGCUAAAGUGAGCUUCUUGAAGGAGGUAAGUUACAUUUUCUUUAUAAAGCUUGGUUGGACAAGUGCUUUUAGCAGGCACAGUAUAUAUAGGACUACCCAGAAACUUGGAGCCCAAUGCCAUCAAAUUUUCAGCAACAGCUGCCCUCUUCAAAACCAUAGGAAACCCAUUUAAGGUGAUAAGGGGAGGGUGCUAGAGGGGGGCUUGUCAGAAAGAAGACAUUGUGAAGGGGGCUUCUGAGAGAAGAAACUUUGUAAAGAGAGGGCUUUUUAGAAAGGGGGCGUUUAGAGAGGGGCCUUUUUAGAGAGGGGGUGUACCAAAGAGAGGCUAGUCUGUUAGCUCCUAAAAUAAUAGUUUGAAUCUUUUUCAGGUUGCUUUGCUAAAGAGUUUGAAUCAUCCUAAUGUACUGAGGUUCAUAGGCAUUUUGUACAGAGACCAGACCUUGAACUUGAUUACUGGUAAGCCCUUUGCUAAAUACAUUUAUAAUGUAAGGAAAGUCAGGAGGAGUUGAUAAGGUCUUUGUUGAUUAAAACAUUGAUGUUUUGCAGAGUAUAUUGGUGGUGGUACAGUGCGCCAAGUUCUAAAGGAUAAGGUAUGAAAUUUUGUUAUUUUUUCUACUGACUUUAGGAAGAAAGGUGGAACUUACUUGUAAGAUAUGUGUGGACCUUGUGAUUUAUUGUGAGAAUUUUUAUGUGCUUAUGUUCUCAUUUCCACAUGGUCCAGUUUUGUAUUGACUGAACUCAGGUGUUUAAACCUCUAUUUGUGAUGGUAUUAAUUUGUGCUCAAACUUAUUUCAGAGGUUUGGUUUCCUUGUAGGGUAAACAAUUGCCAUGGUUGCAGAGGAUUAGAUUUGCCAAAGAUAUAGCAGCUGGAAUGGUGAGUUGGAGAAGGUUCUGAUUUAUGAACUGUAAUGCUAAUAUCCUGAUACUUUGUCUAGAAGUUUAGUAAUGAGAAUUUAAAAAGGUGAUUUAAUGCCAAAGUACCACAACUAGUCAAGGAAGAAAUGCUUGCUUGUCAAUCAAGGGAGAACAGGCUUUCAGAUCAUGCGCUAGAACAUAUAAACCCUUUUAAUUAAAGCAGAUUCUAAUUUACAUGUGCAAAUGUAAAGUUUGGAAGACUUUACCUUUAUUACUCUCAGGAGAUUGUACUCAAUGGUGUACUUUUACUAAGGGUCGUGAGAAUAAUUCAUUUUUUCAGUUCAUUUGUUUUUAUUUAUGGUGAAAUGUUUUUGUUAGCUCCUUUAUUUCAAUCCUUUUGCCAGGCUUACCUCCAUUCAAUGAACGUCAUGCACAGAGAUUUAACCUCAAAGAAUUGCCUGGUUGAAACGGACGAGGUAAAUUGGCUGUUUUGAUGAUUUGUUUGUAAAGGAGAUUUUUUUGUUCCUAUUUUCCUAUCCAUAUGAAUGCAAUAUUUUAAACGAAAACCAAAGCUGUGUCACCAGCUCAGACAUAACGUAGUAACUCUGCAACCGGAAUCAUGUGUUGGAAAUAUUAGGAAGUUUGCGAUUGGCUGAGGAAAACAAUUACGCUGAUUGCAUCGAGGAAGGACCAAGGACCAUCAGGAGCGCACUCAGAAGGAGUAUCGUAAAACCUAAACUAAAGAUAUUACGGCGGCAAAUCAAAAGAAAGCAAAAGCCAAUAAAAAAUCACAGUGAUGAAAUGCGAACUGUUUGAAGCGUGCAAAACGAUUUUAUUUUGCAUCUGAUUGGUUGAGAGGGUAGCGCGAUUUUUCUGGACCAAUCACAAAACGUGAUAAAGAAAUAACAACGGGGAUUGCUUUCGAUACAUAGCGUUCACGGGAGUCACACAACCAAACUAUCCCUUUUCUCUCAAACGAACAUAUUAUUAGAGCAGCUUUAAGGCCCACUUUUUUAGUUGUGUUUAGCAGUUACUCAGAUCGAGUUUGCACAAGUUUCCAUGUAUUAGUUUUACUACAAUCCUCCUUCUUUCAUCAUGUGCAGGAGUCAGGCGAUAUGUCAGUGGUUGUGGCCGACUUUGGCUUGGCUCGUGUGGUCAGAGACAAACCCUUAUCGCCUCUUGAUCAGAUAUCAUCGACCAUAACUCCCUCUUCAGGACGAAAAACACGAAGCCCUACCGGCAACAAGCCGCCUCCUCCAAAGAAAAGGUGUGAUGCUUUUGUGAUGGUUCUUAUCUAAAGAAAAUGAUUCUUAAUUCGGAAUGCUAACUAUUAUAUUUACUUCCGGAAUCUAACUAUAACGUAGUAAAUCAGUGUUGUUUCUUAGGUACACUGUGGUGGGUUCCCCGUAUUGGAUGGCGCCAGAAAUGAUGUUGGGUAAGUUGACUUUUUACUUUAAUUUGCUCGAGCAAAAACGGUUGGGCUUCACUUUUUGUUUGAGACGCGGUGGCUUGUGAUUAGUACGCUGAGCUUUUGAUCGAAAGGUCUGGGUUCAAGCUCUGGCUUAGUCAGUGAGUUAAGUGUAUAAGUAAGCAGUAUGCUGUACCUACACAAUGCCUCUCUCAACCCAGGAGUAUAAAUGGACAUUGGUAGGUUGUCAGAAAAACCUUACGAAAUGCCAGGAUGGGGGUGAGAAAACGAUUGCCUCACUGAAAUUGCUGGGUUACCCGCACCUCGCUGGAAGGGGGAGGGAGUUAGGGCUCUGGCAAGGGAUUGUGGAAUUGUGCUCUGGCAAGUUGGACGUCUUGGGUCGAGUGCUGCCUUGCUUGUUACGUAGCGCCUUUUUCAUCAUCUGUUUCAUUUAUCUUUUUAGGAAUGACGUACAAUGAAAAGGUCGACGUUUUCUCAUUUGGGGUUUUAACAUGCGAGGUAUGAUUUUUACCUCCAUGGAUCAAUUUGCUUUGUCAUUUCAUGUCAUUCCUGUUUAAAGUCAAUCUCCAUAUUUACACGUUCUGGAGGCUCCACUAUCACCUCCUUCCUUUUUUGUUUCAGAUAAUUGGCCGAGUAAAGGCUGAUCCAGACUUCCUCCCUCGAUUAUCAGUAAGAAUUUUCUUAUACUCCUUAACUUCAUAAUUCUAGUUGCUUUAGUUUGACUAUGCCUGGGUAAAUCUUGUCUUCUAUUUACACCUAAAAAAGCGCUAGGAGUUCAUAAAUUAAUUGUUUGAUCCUCGAAGUGAUCUGUACAGAUCUUCUCCAAAUUUCAUAACAAGUUUCGGUACAAAGGUGCUGAAAAUAGACAAAGUUAUAAGCUGUGGAUAUAUUGGUAUAACUUCAACGUCCUUUUCGCUGCAUUUCAUGGGGAAAUAAACAAUUGGUUCCUAGAGUUGAAGCGAAAGAAAGAUUUUGCGUGAUAGGGUUGCGGGAAAUGUAGAGAACUAUCAACUCCAUCAGUGUCAUUGCUUUCUUAAAAAAUUCGGUCACGUAUUAAUCGUUCUCGCUUUUGUGUCCACAGAAUUUUGGAAUUGAUGAGGAGAAAUUCCGUAAAGAGUUUUGUGAGGGAUGUCCCGAGUUAUUUUACAAAAUAGCUUUCCUUUGCUGUGAUCUGGACUCAGAUAAGAGGUAAAAGAAAGGUUUCCUUGCUUGGAAUUACAGAUUCAAAGUACGUACACACAAAUUAUUUGUGUAGCAAAUGACAACAGGGUUCAGAACAUUAAGCUAUAAAAUCAUUUUUAUGGCGAACUACCCGGUGACAUUUCUUCUGAUGUUUAUCAAACCACUGAUUGAAUCAGUUCGUUAUAUUACAGCUUUUAUGCCAUAAUAUGUUGGAUAGUUUGCCAAGGAUAUUGAGGAGAUUUCUUUCGGCUCUAGGCUCUUUGGUUAUGAGAAAAAGUCUUGAAUUUUACUCUAAUUAAUCCAAGCAAAGAUAUUGUUUCUUUAACCAAAGCGGAAAAUAAUUAACGACAGUGGUAACUUGGUUUUUUGUACACGUUUUUUGCCUCGAGUCUUGGGUUUCCCUCGCUUGAAGCACUUUGGGUCUUUUGUGAUCAAAACAGCAAUACGCUUUCUGGGAAGCAGAGAAGUCAAACAAAUUCUAUGUGCGGUUUUUGACUCUGAGAUUGCCUAGACUUUAGUGGGUGGCCACGAUAUGUUUGCGUUUGACUGAAGUACUUUUGUCCUCCUCUAACAGACCCGAGUUUUGUGACCUGGAGAAGUGGUUGGAGGCCUUACUCCUUCAUUUAGACGUUGGUUUGCCUUUGCCAUCUGACAUGAGGUUCACUCUUCUACCUGCCACCCUCAUGAGAAAAAUCAGUGAAAGUAAUGAAGGAAGCGGGCAGACAUGAACGAGAUCCUUCUAUCAUAGCCAAAGCCUUUUGGAAAAGAUAGAUUGCACAAAACGACAGUUGUUCGCCUCUGUCGUUGCUUGUCCUUGGGCAAUUUCCAGAGCACUGUAGCAGCUUGGAUUCCUUCCCUCUCAGCAACUUUAUCAUGUACCAAGUUUGGAGGAUUUGAUCGCUUCCUGUGGCAAGCUGAACCGUCCUGUGAAUAUAUCUUGGUGGAUUCCACCCGUGUCAACUCUGUCAGCGGUCAGGCGUCAGUCUGUUCACCCUCACCCUCUCCCUCUUGGGUGACAUUUACGAAUGUGACGUUCGCACCAGCUUUUCCCCUUUUAAAGGAAAAGUUGUCAGGUCGUUCACAAUGAAAAAACGAAACAAUGGGCGCAACUGCAGUCGUACCGCGUAUAAUUUUUCUCAGUUUUAAUGACUCUACUCACUUCCUUAAAGCUGCGAACCUCCUGGCCUGUACAGGAAUUACAAGGCUUUAUGAGAAAUGGAUAAUUCUUGUUACUUGGUCGGCUGGUAAAAAAACAACAACAACAACAACAACAACAAAAAACAUUAGAAAAUCGACAGAAGAAAACGAGUUUCGACUCAACCUGAGAUAAACAGUUCUCGAAGUGGUUAGCGUGGCUCUGGGAACCAGAUGGGUAAUUUGGGAAUUUAGUACUCGAACAAAGCACAUUGUCUUACACCGCUGAAUUGUAAAUAGAUUUAUUUUUUCAUUCCCCUUUUUACUCAAGCACGCGCUGACUAUCAACAGUUGUAAUAAAGCGUCAAGUUACUGACGUGCAAAAACCAAUCGUCGGGGAAUCUUUAGAGUUUUUUUUGUUAUUUAUACUCUCCACUUGUCACAAUGACCGGUCGUGUGUUACCAAAUUGGAAUAAAAUCAGGAUUUUAUAACAUCUGCGUAUGAUGGUUCGUGUCCCCCCCGGCGGUUGGCGGGGGGGGGGGGACUUUCCACUUCUCUCGAAAAAGUAUUAGUCAAUUUUCUAUGAAAGGUAAAAUUGUAGAACCUUCAUUUCAGAGCCAGGUCUGACUUAUAACUUCCAGUGAGACUAGAUGUCCUCUACCAUGGUUGAGGAAAACCUGGGACAAAAAUAUUACGAGCUAAAAAUCCCGCAAACCUGUCGGUCAAUUACUUUUGUAGCUGUGGAAUCGGGUAGUCUUCCUUUUUAGUGUCGAAAAGCCCAAAGCAGUAAUCACGUCGACCAGUCAGAAUGAGGUUUAACAUCAUCAGCCAACAUGAGCUCAAAGUUAAAAUCGGUGAACUACUUUGAGCGUGGGAGAAAGCGCUUUUUUCUGUUUUGUCUGGCUUUUUCUUUUCUUUUCUAUGAAAUUGUAUAUUGCUAACCAAAAAUGUUGGGUGCUUUAUACAAAUAUGAUCCGAGCCUGAGCAAUGAAUUUGAAGUUUUGAACAUCAACUUUGUAUAGUGACAUUUCAUAUUUCAUCUUUAUGAAUGUUUAACUAUUGCUGCACGAAAAUCAGCGGGAAAGGCCAUCUUUGCACGGAACUUCCAAAUUGUAAGUUCUGUCGAAUAUAGUCGAGUAUAUCACAGAAGGCGCAAGGCUGUUUGGUUACACUCCCUGACCUAAGAUCAAUGAUAUCAACCUCGAACAUGUUUGGAAAAAUAACGAGGGUAAACGGCUUGUGAAAUCUUCCCAAGAAUUGAACUACUUUGCUUUGUUGUUUAUAGAAGUCAAUCUUGACUUUGUGUUAUAAACUCCGGUACCCGUUGCUUGUUGCUAAAAGCUUUUUAUAGUCUAAGGUCACGACUAUUGUCAAGAAUUGUUUACUUAACAAAUUGAUUUCAAAACAGAUGUUACGCACGAGUGAUCACAAAGAGAUUUCUGGAACCUGUUUCCAAGUCUGAAACUUCUAGCUAUCAUUAAAAUUAGAUGAAUUUUCUAGAAAUAUGGCGGAUUGAUAUCACAUCACAUCGAAUGUCACAACGAAUAGUUUUUCGUCUUGCUGUGGCUGUCAAAAAGAUUCAGUUCUCUUGUGUGGGAUUUUUGAAAUGGAAAGGAAUUUCUCCCCAACGGAUUAAGGUUCUCGUCGCGAAUCAAGAAUGAGUGACAGGGACUUAAACUUGAGGUAAGAAUCAAUGUAAUGAACUAAUGUUUUGAUACCGAAAAAAUCACGAUUUAAUCACAGAUGACUUCACCGAAUCGCUUUUAAAAUCAAAUUUUCAGCUGGGAACAACACUGCCGAGAAAUUUUAAGGUUGUGGUGAAUUAUUUAGCUUCCAUCGACCUACCAAGUGGUAGCCAUGUAAAAGAACAAACUGCUUCGCGGCAGGUGUCCAUUUUACUGCAAUGUUUACUGUAUCUUUUGAUCUGAAUCCAUUCCUGUUCUCGUCGGUCUUAAAGUAAAUAACUAGUUUUCGAUUUUGAGCUCGGAAUACAAAGGAAUGGGCGUUAACUUGAUAUGGCUCACGGACUGGGUGAAGUGUGGCUUGCCUUACGAGAACAUAAUCUAUUUGGUUUUUUGGUUCACUCAGAGAAGGAAAGUGUCUGUUUAAGGUUUUCAUUGAUUAAACUCACCUCUAUUCUGUUCGUUUAAAGUUUGGGAGCCAAUCGAGUUGUGGCUGGAAACACGAGAUCGAUGAAACUGAACUGGCUUUUGUAGAGUAUCGUUUUAAGCCUGACCAUUGUCCUGAUAUAGAGAGGGUAGUGUAUUUUACACACACUUGACAUAAGAGGCAGUUAUAGUAACGGAAAUAUUGCAACAGUUAAGUUACUUAUGCGGCUUUGAAUGAGUCGUGCUACUUUUGUCAGUAAUCAAGAUUGAAUGGUACUUUCAGAGAGCAAGCCGACCUUUCGCAAAAAUUUUGUACAACCUUGGAACUAAAUAUGAGCCAAAGAAGUCACAAUUAGCAAUACUUUUGAACACCAUUAUGGUUACUUCACUGAUAAAAUACAUUUUUCAUCAGAGGUGUCCUGUAGCACCUUAAACUAAUUUUUACUAUUCUUAUGUUCGUUUUUUUUUCAUUUGCUCAGGUAUCAGAGAGAUCAAUAAAGUAACAUGGAGACAAAAGAUAUUGUAAAAUGGUCCAUGGUCGGUUUUUUCAUCCUCUUUUUUUUGACUGGCCUCUCUCUGCUCAUUUUCGCUGUCACCGUAUCAACGCCAUUCGGAGACUACCUUACGAUGAAAGCCGCCGCGUUCCCGGUGAAUUAUGGACUCAGAAUUGGUCUUCUGAUCCUUCUUUUCUUCAUUACUGGGCUGUUUGUCUUUGCGGUAGUGAAAGAAAAUAACAGACUUCUAACAUUACUGGCCAUCUUGUUCAUCAUUUUGUUUCUUGUCGAGUUCAUCAUGGGAAUAGUGUAUUUCACGUUGAAGAAUGAAAUGAUUGUUGGUAAAAAGAAACUUAGCAAUGGGCAGCAAAUGCUGGCCGAGUAUGGGAAGGACGAGAAAGUCACCAAGGCCUUCGAUCAGAUCCAGCAGACUUACGCCUGCUGUGGAAUUGUUGACUAUCGUGAUUGGUUUACUUCAAAAUGGGCAGCAGCUCAGGUUGGUGAAAAUAUUUGCUUUUUGUUUUCUAGACGUGUCUUUUGCUAAAAUGUAACCCCAGUAUUAAGACGAAGUUUAGGACAUGUUAUCCUCUUUGGAAUUGUAGCUGAAGGUAAUCAUGAAGCGUGCACGCCCGAAAUACGCCAACUUCCUAUCACAUCCCAAGAGGCACUAGGCAUUUUCCCAUCUAAAUUAUGGCUACUAAAUGCGUCCGAAAUAUGUCCUAUAAAUAGGCCAAUAUAAUUGGUAGUAAGCACGAGAUUUUUGAGGUGUGGAAUGAUUUUUGUUUAGACUCGUAUCAUCCUUUCCAUCAAUUUCCGCAUGUUUCUGAUAGUGUUAAGCAGUAAAGCGCUUUUGUGCAGAGGAGCCGAUACUCUUAGAUCGGAAAAGUAAUCUCGUUCUCAUCCAGGAGUCCCGCUGCUCCAGAUUUGUAUCUACCCCUUAUUUGUGUCAGUUGUGUGCAAUAAAGUCGGUGACUAUUUUUUCCUUAGGGGGUGAACAACAGGGUACCAAAGUCAUGCUGUAAGUUCCCGACAGCCACCUGUGGUAAUGAUAUGGACUUAAAGAACCCGAUGGAUUUCAUCAAUAUAUUAGGAUGUACGGGACUAAAUUUCGCCUACGAUGACAAACUGCAAGUGGUGGGAGGGGUAGGUUUGGCUCUCGGUUUUCUGAACUUAUUCGCCCUAUUGUGCUGCAUCAUAUUCUGCUUCUGUUUCAACGCCGCGCGGGGACUCAGUCCUAAGGACGCCUUAAAAGGAGAGGAGCCUAAUGACCAACCGUCGUCGAGCUCAUCGAAUAAGGGCCGUCGACGUUCCUCAGCUCAAAGCUCAUCAGGAUCCUUGCGGCGCCAACCCUCUAAGAAGGCUCUGCGUGCAUCAAGGGAGGACCUUAAUAAUGACGAGAACGAUGAUGACUUACCCUCUUACUCAAAUAAGGAUUUACUCGAUAAAUCUGAAGGAUAG